AUGUUUGGUGGAGUACUGCAGACUUCUGGAAGUGCAAGACACAGGAUUUUUGUUGAAAAAUGUAAAAAUUUUGAGAUAUUUGGUUGUUUUGCCCUUACUGAAAUGGGUCAUGGCAGUAACACAAGAGCCAUGGAGACGACAGCAACUUAUGAGCCUAAAACACAAGAAUUUGUGUUAAACACACCAAACAUUGAGGCCACAAAAGUGUGGGUUGGCAAUCUUGGUAAGAACGCAACUCAUGCCAUAGUCUAUGCUCAGUUGUACACUGCAGAUGGCAUCAAUCAUGGCUUACAUUCCUUCCUUGUUCCCAUCCGAGAUGUAUAUACACUAAGGGCUUUGCCUGGAGUGCUGGUUGGAGACAUGGGCCAUAAAUUAGGACUUGAUGGACUUGACAAUGGAUUCAUGUCUUUCAACAAUUUUAGGAUUCCAAGAGAAUAUUUGCUAAAUGCAACUGGAGAUGUUACUGUGGAAGGAAAAUAUGUUUCUCCUUAUAAGAGAAGUAAAAGGUUUAGUGCUUCACUUGGUGCCUUGUCUGAUGGCCGAGUUGGAAUUACAGGUUUUGCAUCAUCGUUACUGAAGGUCUGUAUGACAAUUGCCAUUCGAUAUUCAGCUGUCAGGCACCAAUUUGGUCCAGUAAAUAAUAAAGAAAUUCCAAUCCUUGAAUAUCAACUGCAGCAAUGGCGUCUCAUUCCUUACAUAGCUGUGAUGUACUGCAUAGAUUAUUUCAGCAAAGUAAUCUUUGCUGAUUUUGUUGGAGUGCGAGUGGCCCGGAUGAUAGGAGACAAGAGUGAAAACAUGGUGAAUUUGGUCCGUGAAAUCCAUGCAAUAUCCUGUGCAUGCAAACCCCUCAGCAGUUGGUUGGCUCGUGAUGGCAUACAGGAAUGCAGAGAGGCUUGUGGAGGAAAUGGUUACCUUGAAGUAAAUCGUAUUGGGGAAUUGCGCAAUGUCAACGACCCAAAUUGCACAUACGAAGGGGACAACAAUGUCAUUUUGCGUCAAACCAGCAAUUACAUCCUCAGUAUGUUCGCUCAUAAACAAAAGCACCCAAACAGCAUUUUAAAUUCACCUUUGGGUACAGUGAAUUUCAUAAAUGACUUGGAUUCAAUACUGCUGACCAAAUUUUAUGCUGAAACUGUCAACGAAUGUAAAAACCCUGAAGUUUCUCUGCAUGCUUACCGGUGGUUGGUUUGCAAACUCUCAGUAGACAGCAGUGCCAAAUUGCAAAGUGAACUCAAUUGUGGAAAGGAAAUGUUCACUGCCAACAACGACAGCCAAGUGUACUAUUGCCGUACUUUAGCCCUGGCUUACAUAGAAUUGACAAUAUUAAGUCGAUUUUGUGAUUUCCUCUUUGGUCAACAGAAGAACACAACUGGCAAUGAAGAAUUACUCUCUGUCCUCUUGAAAAUAGCUAGUUUGUUUGGCUUGUGGAGCAUAGAAAAGCACAUGGUCACUCUUUACCAAGGUGGUUAUUGCACUGGAGAGUUGCCUGCUAAAUUGAUUCGAACAACAAUCUUAGAAUUGUGUCAUGAGUUGAAAGAUGAUGCUGUGGCCUUGGUGGAUGCAGUGGCACCUUCAGAUUUCAUUCUCAAUUCACCAAUUGGCCAUUCCAGUGGAGAGAUUUACAAACAUCUUUACAGUGCAAUGACUCAAGGAGAAGAUGUCUUUGAGCGUCCAUCUUGGUGGAAAUCUUUUUCUCACCAUCCAGUUAUUGGGUCAAUGAAACCAGUCAGCAAACUGUAA